GUCAAGUCCCCUCGUGCUCUCUCGUUUGUUGAUGUUGGUUUUCCCCAGAUUGUAACAACGAUGAAAAGCUUGGCGAAUGCUGUUGGAGCCAAGACGGCGAGGGCCUGCGACAGCUGCGUGAAGAGGCGGGCACGGUGGUACUGCGCCGCCGACGAUGCUUUUCUCUGCCAACCUUGCGACGGUUUGGUCCACUCAGCGAACCCUCUCGCUCGCCGGCACGAGAGAGUCCGUUUGAAGACGGCAAGCCCGGCGGUCUCUAAGCAUAGCAACCACAGCCACUCAGCUUCUUCUUCUCCUCCGCAAGAAGCCGCCACGUGGCAUCACGGGUUCACUCGUAAACCUCGGACUCCACGUGGAUCUGGCAAGAAGAGCAAUCCGUCGAUUUUCCAUGACUUGGUGCCGGAGAUCAGUGUGGAGGACCAGACGGAUAGCUACGAGCAAGAAGAGCAGCUGAUCUGUCAAGUGCCGGUUCUCGAUCCGUUUGUGGCGGAGCAAUUCUUAAACGAUGUUGUUGAGCCGAAGAUCGAGUUUCCUAUGAUGAGAACCGGUGUGAUGAUGAUUGGCGACAAGGAAGACGAAGACAACGCCGAGAGUUGUCUGAAUGGGUUUUUCCCGACCGACAUGGAGCUUGAGGAGUUCGCUGCUGACGUGGAGACUCUACUCGGUCGCGGGUUGGAGAACGAGCCUUAUGCCAUGGAGGAGCUAGGGUUAUCUAACUCGGAGAUGUUCAAAAUCGAAAAAGACGACGAGAUCGAAGAAACAAAAGCCAUAAACAUGGGAAUCUUAGGCGAUGAUGACGAUCGGGACGAACGGGAUGGGAUGGUGCCGUUUGAGCUGAGCUUCGAUUACGAGUCACACAAGACAGACGAAGAAGAGGUAAUGCUAAAGAAUGCUGACAAAAGUAGUGGUGAAUGUAUUAAGGUGAAGAAAGAAGAGCAGAAGAAUGCUCCGAUGCUGAGAUUAAACUACGACUCGGUGAUAUCCACUUGGGGAGGGCAAGGUCUACCAUGGACAUCGGGAGAGCCACCGGAACUAGACAUCGACAUUAGCGGCUGGCCAGCUGUUUCCAUGGUGGAAAAUGGAGGGGAAAGUCAUCAAAAGCAGUACGUAGGUGGAUGUUUACCUUCAAGUGGGUUUGGGGAUGGAGGAAGAGAAGCUAGGGUUUCGAGGUACAGAGAGAAGAGGAGGACGAGGCUGUUUUCGAAGAAGAUAAGGUACGAGGUGCGUAAGCUGAAUGCAGAGAAGAGACCUCGAAUGAAAGGAAGAUUCGUUAAGAGAGCAUCGCUUGCUGUUUCUGCUACCAAUUGA